GACUGAAAUUUGUCGGGCCUCAUUCUUCCGCACCGCGACCGCCGAGGCCGAAGCUCCGCUCCUUAAAAAAAACCCUAAAAAGGCAUAAAAACCUCCUCAACAUGUCCGACGAAGGUAAACUGUUCAUCGGAGGCUUGAGCUUCGACACCGACGAAGACUCCCUGGCCGCCGCCUUCGGCAAAUACGGCAGCAUCGAGAAGGUGGACGUGAUCCGGGACCGGGAGACCGGGAGAUCCCGCGGCUUCGGCUUCGUCAAAUACGACAACGUGGACGACGCUAAAGACGCGCUGGACGCCAUGAACGGACAGACCCUGGACGGCCGCUCCAUCCGAGUGGACGAGGCGGGGAAGAGCCGCGGCGGAUUCAGCGGGGGACCACGAGGCGGGAGGGGAGGCGGCGGCCGUGGCUUCUCCAGAGGCGGCUACAGCGACGGUGGCGGAUAUGGCGGAAGAAGCUACGGUGACAGGAGCUACGGCGGCAGCGAUAGGAGUUACGGCAGCGGUGGUGGCGGCGGCGGCUACAGGAGCGGUGGAUAUUCAUCCGGCAACAGAGACGACCGCCAGGGAGGCUACGGUGGUGGGCGCUCCGGCUCCUACAGAGGCGGAUACGACGAGUAAACAUCUCCCCCAUUCAAGAUCAUCACCUGGCUGGAUGUAUAUGAAAGAUGCACACCUCAAGAAAAAAUGUCCACUUCUUAUUGCUUAUCCUAGUUUGUAGCUCGGUGUCUUAAAUGUAGCCAUACGUUUUGGUCGUUAAACCAUGUUAACCAGUUUCAGUGCAAGAAUUUUUUUUCAGAACAUUUUUAAGCUUCUGUGAAACCUGUAAUGUCCCAUUUUUGAGAUUCCAGCAGCCUUCCAAAUAGUUCACUGGACAAUUUAAAUGCUUGCUGAAAUCUCACUUAGGCUUAUUUUAACAAUGAGAUUUGAUGGGACCACUUUUUUUUUCUUUUUUUUUUGUCUGAGCUACCUCCUGCCUGAUUUUUAGAUUGAGGGAGAUGCUAACAAAGACUUUUGGGGGGCUGCUGUUAAGGCCCUUGAACUAUUAAGAGAACCUUAAAUUAGCCAAGGCUCCUUUUUUAUGUUCAAUUUCCCAAAAGAGUGAAUUCCUUUCAGACUGAACUACAUCCGAAGUGGCCAGCUGUUCCUGAAGCUGCAAAAUGCAGCAUGCUACAGUCUGUCCACGGUGUCUUCUGUGCUCUGCUCAUCAUCUGCAUUUUAAAUGUGCUGUAAAAUGGACUAAUCUUGUCAAGCGAUCUCAAAAUGUAACUUCCUUUACCCAAAGUCAAAUAUAAACGGGAACGGUUUUGUACUUGAUGUUCUUUGUAUGAUUCAAGGUUUUUUUUUUGUCAGUUUGGCUUCAUGAAGCCUAUUAAACAACUAUGGAGAGGAAAAAAAAA